UUCCGGCGCUUUCUCCGCGCAGCCAAACCCGUUUUUUUCCUGGUGGUGUUGGGGCUUAAUACAGCUUUGGCGAGGGCGGAUAACGGGCGAGAGCCAGCGGUGGAAGGGGUGGUGAAAGUACCAGUUUGCCCCAGGCCGCCGAGGGGCCUCCUUAGAGAGGCCUUGCCGGCUCCGCUCGCGUCCGCCGGGGCAGCGCGGGUCCUUCUGGCGCCGCCAGUUCCAAAAAGCCACUCGAGCUGUCACUGCAACGGCCCUGGGCCAGGAGCCGUUUCGGGAUCUGUGGUAAGGGCGCUUCUUCACGAUUUUUGCAAACACGGUGAUUGCCGCUUCAAACUCCUCCAAAGCAAUUCUUUGUGACUUUUUUUUUUUUUUUUCCAGAAACAACGAGUUUUCGUCGUUCGAGUCAGGUUAACUGUGGUCCUUCGUCCCCUCAUCUCCUGGACCUGGCGAGUCCAGCUCGUCCCGGACACCAUUAACCCUGGAUAAAGAGAAUGGAGGUUACCUCUGUCCGCGUAGAUUCCUAAGCUGUCCUGGAGUGAUCCUUGGAGUAAAGGAAAGGUGCUUUGAAGCACAUUUAGCCGUCACCCCUGUGGGAUGGCAGCCACUGAUUUGUCCUAUGGUCUUUACAGGGACCCAGUCUGCCUUCAAGAAAAGACAGAAGUAGAAAGGGUGGUGGCUGACUGUCUGACAAAUUGUUAUCAGGAUUCUGUGACUUUUGAUGAUCUGGCUGUGGACUUCACCCCAGAAGAAUGGACUUUACUGGACCCAACUCAGAGAAACCUCUACAGAGAUGUGAUGCUAGAGAACUACAAGAAUUUGGCCACAGUAGGAUGUCAGCUCUUCAAACCCAGCCUGAUCUCUUGGCUGGAACAAGAAGAGUCUAGGACAGUGCAGAGAGGUGAUUUCCAAGCUUUAGAAUGGAAAAUGCAACUUAAAACCAAAGAGUCAGCCCUUCAGCAGGAUGUUUUGGGGGAGCCAACCUCCAGUGGGAUUCAAAUGAUAGGAAGCCACAACGGAGGGGAGGUCAAUGAUGUUAAGCAAUGUGGAGAUGUCUCCAGUGAACACUCAUGCCUUAAGACACAUGUGAGAACUGAAAACAGUGAGAACACAUUUGAGUGUCAUCUGUAUGGAGUAGACUUCUUUACUCUGCACAAGAAAACCCCUACUGGAGAGCAACGUUCUGUGUUUAGUCAGUGUGGAAAAGCCUUCAGCCUGACCCCAGAUGUUUACCAGAGAACGUGCACAGGAGAGAAAGCUUUUGAUUGCGGUGACUCUGGAAAAUCCUUCAUUAAUCAUUCACACUUUCAGGGACAUUUAAGAACUCACAAUGGAGAAAGUCUCCAUGAAUGGAAGGAAUGUGGGAGAGGCUUUAUUCACUCCACAGACCUUGCUGUGCAUAUACAAACUCACAGUUCAGAAAAACCCUACAAAUGUAAGGAAUGUGGAAAAGGCUUUAGAUAUUCUGCAUACCUUAAUAUUCACAUGGGAACCCACACUGGAGACAAUCCCUAUGAGUGUAAGGAGUGUGGGAAAGCCUUCACUAGGUCUUGUCAACUUACUCAGCACAGAAAAACUCACACUGGAGAGAAACCUUAUAAAUGUAAGGAUUGUGGGAAAGCCUUCACUGUUUCCUCUUGCUUAAGUCAACAUAUGAAAAUUCAUGUGGGUGAGAAGCCUUAUGAAUGCAAGGAAUGUGGGAUAGCCUUCACUAGAUCUUCUCAACUUACUGAACAUUUAAAAACUCACACUGCAAAGGAUCCCUUUGAAUGUAAGAUAUGUGGAAAAUCCUUUAGAAAUUCCUCAUGCCUCAGUGAUCACUUUCGAAUUCACACUGGAAUAAAACCCUAUAAAUGUAAGGAUUGUGGGAAAGCCUUCACUCAGAACUCAGACCUUACUAAGCAUGCACGAACUCACAGUGGAGAGAGGCCCUAUGAAUGUAAGGAAUGUGGGAAGGCCUUCGCCAGAUCCUCUCGCCUUAGUGAACAUACAAGAACUCACACUGGAGAGAAGCCUUUUGAAUGUGUCAAAUGUGGGAAAGCCUUUGCUAUUUCUUCAAAUCUUAGUGGACAUUUGAGAAUUCACACUGGAGAGAAGCCCUUUGAGUGCCUGGAAUGUGGGAAAGCAUUUACACAUUCCUCCAGUCUUAAUAAUCACAUGCGGACCCACAGUGCCAAAAAACCAUUCACAUGUAUGGAAUGUGGCAAAGCCUUUAAGUUUCCCACGUGUGUUAACCUUCACAUGCGGAUCCACACUGGAGAAAAACCCUACAAAUGUAAACAGUGUGGGAAAUCCUUCAGUUACUCCAAUUCGUUUCAGUUACAUGAACGAACUCACACUGGAGAGAAACCCUAUGAAUGUAAGGAGUGUGGGAAAGCCUUCAGUUCUUCCAGUUCCUUUCGAAAUCAUGAAAGAAAGCAUGCAGAUGAGAGACUGUCAGUGUAAGGAAUGUGCGAAAACCUAAAGGUGUCCCUGUUCUCUCUGAAGACAUGAAAACUCACUGGGGAGAAACCCUAUGAAUGUAAAAAUGUGGAAGCAACUUUGUAUCUCAGGUGUUAAUGAACACACAUGAAUUCACAGUGGAGAAGACCCUGCGUCAGGGAAUGUGGAAAUGACUUCACUGAAUUCUCAAGCCUUACCAAACACAUCAGAAAUCUCACUGGAGAGAAACCGUAUGAAUGUAGAGAAUCUGGGAAUACAUUUCUGAAUCCCACAAACCUUAAUGUGCAUAUGUGAACUCACAUUGGAGAGAAACCCUGCAAUUUAAAUGGUAUGGUCUGGAUGAUGCUGCACUCCAUAUUUGUAAGCCCUAAGUCCUAGUUCCUUACACUAUAACUAUUUGGACAUAAGGUUUUCAAACAGGUGAGUAACUUCAAAUGAGGCUGUUAGGUUCGAUCCCUAAUCUGACAUCACUGGUGUCCCUAUAAGGGAAAGUGAAGGAAGGAUACACAUGGAGAAGACUGUGUGGAUCCACCAGAAGAUGGCCAUCUACAAGCCAAGGACAGAGACCUGGAACAGAUGCUUUCAUUAUGGCCUCCAGAGGAAACCAACCCUGUCUCCACCUUGAUAUUGCACUUCCAGGCUCCAGAACUGUGAGGCAAUAAAUUUCUCUUGGUUAAAUCA